GCUGCCAGGGCUCGCUGUGGCGCCGGUGCUCAGGGAAGUAUCGGCAUGGCUGACCUCGGGGCCACGGCCGGGGCGAAUCGCGAGAGGCACAAGGGCGGGCAGCAGCUCUGGGGGCAGCCGGACGUCCAAGACGGGGACGAGCUCUGGGGGCGGCGGAACGUCCAAGACCGGCUCGACGAGCACCGGCGGCCGGCGGGCGUCAGACACGGGGCAGAGUUCCGCAGGCGGCAGCGCGACCGGGCAGAAGGUGAAGGCCACCACGAGCAAGCCCCUGCCUGCCAGCGACACGACCGCGCCGUCGUCCACUGGCCGCCGGCGGACGACAACGACGAGAAAGACGACGACGACGACGUCGACGACCACCACCACCACGACUGCCAGAGCGCCGUCUUCCACUGCAGCAACCAGCGCCAGCUCACCGGCGCUUGCCCUGUCGACGACACUGCAGCUACCCGUCUACAACUCGACGAGCACCCCCACGUCUGCUGCAGACAGCAGCGAGUCUGCCUAACAAAUGUGGCGAGCUUGAGACCUAAAUAUUAUUGUGGCAGUGUAUAACGACUGUUCGUUUCUGUGACCUAUAAUGAAGAAAGAACCAGUAACAGUGAUGAAGAUGUGCACGUGUGUUUGCCUGUCCUUGAAGCUUAUACUUCCGCUUUGCUACUAAAUAUUGAAUAACUAUUUCAAGCUUUUUUCUACAAUAUGUAUUCUACUUUCAA